AUGGGCGGCGAGUCACGUUUCGAAAUCUCACAGAACGCGUACGUAAAGCUUGUCCUUCAUGCCCUCAAGCACAAAUCCUCCGUCAACGGGGUCCUACUCGGCCGCGUUUCCCCCCAAAAAGAUGUCGUCGAGAUCACCGAUUCCGUUCCUCUCUUCCACUCCCACAUCGGCCUCCUCCCCCAGCUCGAGAUCUCCCUCAUCCUCAUAGAGGAGCAUUAUGCCACAAAAGGUGUAAAUAUUGUGGGCUAUUUUCAUGCAAACGAGAGGUUUGAUGAUUAUGAACUUGGCAGCAGCAAGAAUAUUGGCGAUCACAUCUACCGGUACUUUCCACAAGCUGCCGUUCUUUUGUUGGAUAACAAAAAGCUUGAGGCUUUACCCAAGGGUAAGGACGGGAGCCCAGUAAUGCAGAUUUACACGAGGGAUGCAUCAAGGAUUUGGAAGUUAGCUGGAUCCGAGGGAAGCAGCCAGUUAACCAUUAAGGAGCCAUCAGCAAAUGUAGUCCUGCUGGAUUAUAUUUCAACUGAAAAAUGGAAGGAUAUUGUAGAUUUUGAUGACCACCUUGAUGACAUCAGCAAGGACUGGCUGAAUCCUGAACUCUUCAAGUAAUCUUGUCCUUGGUUGCUGUUUAUCUGCCACCAUUUGGUAGUGCAGCACCUGAUGUGUAUGCUUAACUGAGUUUCUUAUGCUGGAUUUGGGAUGACAAAGGCUGAAUUGAUCCGCUGGUUUUGGGGAUGAGGCUAAAUUGAUCAGAGAAUUAAAUCAAUGAGGGGCGAAUGCGUGUUUGACUUUGAGAGAUUGUCUUGGUUUAUGUUCGAUUGAGAAUGUAUUCUAAUGUUUUUUUUUUUUUUUUUUUUUUCUUAAACUUUAAAAUGAGAACCUCUGUGGUUUCGUACAUAAAAAAGAAUUCCGGCUAAAUUAUCUGAUUAUAGAGUUGGAAUGAAAGUUUUUCAAA